AUGUUUGAAUGUCGCCCACUCCCUCCGACCUCUUCCUCCUCCCUGCUCCCUCCAUCCCUCCCGUCCUCCUCGUCCGCCCCCCACCACCCAUCUCCCGGCCCCUGUCCACCCAUCAGGGAGUGCCAGGUGCCCCUGCUGGAGAAAAACUCCACCCACUCCCACCUGGAGCCCCACCCGGACGACUCGUACCUGCUCCGAGGCCAGCCCUCGUCCACAGGGGCUGCCAACCACCACAGUCAGUCUACACUACGGCCUCCACUGCCCCCUCCGCACAACCACCACACCUUAUCCCACCAGUCUGCCAACAGCCUGAACAGGAACACGCUGAGAGGGGGCCGCAACCCCAUUCACGCACCUGCUCCGGGCACUGGAGAUGGGCCGACCACCCCUGAGUCAGUCCAGCUACAAGACAGCUGGGUGCUCAACAGUAACGUCCCGCUGGAGACCAGGCACUUCUUGUUCAAAACGUCGUCUGGGACCACCCCGCUCUUCAGUAGCUCCUCCCCCGGGUACCCUCUGACCUCGGGAACGGUGUAUUCUCCACCCCCUCGCCUGCUCCCCAGGAACACCUUCUCCCGCUCAGCCUUCAAGCUAAAGAAGCCGUCCAAGUACUGCAGCUGGAAGUGUGCCGCAGUGACAGCCAUCGCAGCUGCUGCCCUGCUGGCCAUCCUACUGUCCUACUUCAUCA